UAUUGCCUGUCAGAUCAGAAAACUUGAACAAUAUCAACUGCCACGCAUCAUAUAUGGCCUGUACUGUAUCUUGGCCCCAAACUUUCAACCUAGCUACCUUGACCGCCUGCUUCAGCAACAGACACCUUUCAUCCGUCACCUAACCCCACGCAACCAUGAAAGCCAUCAUCGCCGUGCCGGCCACGCUGGCCUUGGUAUAUCGUGCACAUUCCCACAACAGCCUGACCCCGGCAGGGAUCGCCGCUGCCGCAGCCUCUGCCAUCGCGCACGCCGUGCACCCCUGGAACCUCCCGUUCGCGCUCCUCGUCGUCUUCUUCCUGGCCGGCACGCGCGUCACCAAGAUCAAGAAGGAUGUCAAGGCCAACAUGACGGUGGGCUCGCAGGGCACAUCGGGCGGAGAAGGGCCCAGGACACACAUACAAGUUCUCGCCAACUCCCUCGUAGCAUCGGUCCUCUCCCUGCUCCACGCCUACCAGCUUCACCAACGCAAGCAGCUUCUCCUAAGCGGCUCGACCCCAAUUCCCCAGGGUGCCCUGUGCCUCGCCUGGGCCGGCGAUCUGCUCCCGAUCGGCAUUAUCGCCAACUACGCCGCCAUGGCAGCCGACACCUUCUCGUCCGAGCUCGGUAUCCUAUCGUCCGCGACUCCUCGCCUCAUCACCUCCCCUACCCUCCGCAAGGUCCCGCGCGGCACCAACGGCGGCGUGACUGCCCUGGGUCUCGGCGCCGGCCUGCUCGGCAGCAUGGUGGUGGUCGUGGCCUCUGUCCUCUUCACGCCUCUGUGCGAGACCUCCGGCACCGGCGUCGGAGCCGGCUGGAGCUCCUCGCAGCGGGCCACCGCCAUGAUCUCGCUGGCGAUCUGGGGCGCCCUGGGUAGCGUCUACGACUCGGUUCUCGGCGCGCUGUUCCAGCGCUCGGUGCGGGACACGCGCACAGGCAAGAUCGUCGAGGGCGAGGGCGGCGUGCGGGUGCUGGUGUCGGGCCCGGGCGUGCAGGGCGGUGUGACGCCGUCGCAGUCGCACCUCAAGGCCCGCGCAGGCGUCAAGGCCGCUAUGCUGCACGGUGAGGCCGGCGACGCGGUUGAGGCCACGGCACCCUCGGGCGACGUCAAGAAGCAGCGCAAGGGCAGCUUUGGCGACGGCAAGCCCGGCCGCGUUGCCGAGAGCGGCUGGGACCUGCUGGACAACAACGAGGUGAACUUCCUGACUGCCCUGACCAUGAGCCUGGGCGCCAUGACUAUUGCUGGGUGGUACUGGGGAGUGCGGUUUGAGGAUAUACUGAAGCCAUGAGACAACGAAAUCUAUAACUACGAAAAAUAAAAUCCAUAAUAGCAAUCUUGUAGCAGCCAAUUAACUCAUUAUGACCUAAUACAAGGCACGAGGCGGGUGGCCAUAGUUGCUGCUUGCACUUUAGACCAAGCAUUAUGCUCAAAAAAGCUCUAGCAUUCUUCUAACCUGUUUUUCUUUUCCUUGGACCAUGCAA